GGUUCGGAAGUCUGGCCAGCCAGCGGCUCUCCCACCGCGGGAUCGUCGUGUGGGCGGGCCCUGGAGGAGGGUGGCGGGCGCCCCGCCCUCACGGAGGCCUCCCCAAGACGUUCGAAGACGGCGCCGCGAACUUCACGACAGUGCGGAGUUUCCUGGCCCCCGGCCAGCAGGCGCUGUACAGGGACGCGAUGCUGCAGGGCUACGUGCAGGCGGCUUCUGUGAGACGCCUGUUGGUCCUGGCGUUGGGCUCAGAGACAAGCCUGCCUCUUCCACCAGCUGCAUCGGGGAGUAGCUUCCUUUCCAAAUGUGAGGCUUUCCUGUUGCCAGACCAGCGAUGAUCUCCCUCUUGGAGCAAGGGGUGAAGCCAGGGGCAUCGGUUGUGCAGCUGGCUGACAAGCAAGCGAACAAGCAACCAAGGCCAGCCAGCCCAGGUUCUGGCCCCGGCUCCGCCCCCCUGGGCUCUGUCCUCUCCUUCUCGCUCUGGCCCCGCCCCACCUCCGGCGCCCUGCGGACCACCGAGACGGCCGAGCCUCCAGGCCGCCCAGAACGGCCGGAAAGUCUGUGGGACGGAGCCGACGCGAGCAUCGGGGCCCGUUUCCGGCGUCGCCGCGCGUUUCGAUCCACCCGCGGUCCUCGGGGACGAUUGCUUCACGAAGGCAGAGUGCUUGCGCGUUCACUGCUGCAUCCUCAUUGCUUAGUCCAGCACCUGGCACGCGUAGCAACCACCUCUUUAGUAUUGUGGUACGAGUCACAAAUGCCACAGGCUCUGAAAGAUGAAGGAAGCCUCGGAGCAGACGCCCAAGUGCUGUGGCCUCUUUGCCCCCACCCUCUAUGUCCCUGCUAGAGAACAUCUGGGGGUGGAGGUUUCUUGGCUAGGACGCGUGGAUGCUCCCCAGCCGAGCCUCAUGGAGGCUGUGACGUUUGGUGAUGUGGCUGUGCACUUCUCGCGGGAGGAGUGGCAGUGUCUGGACCCUGGCCAGAGGGCCCUCUACAAGGAGGUGAUGCUGGAGAACCACAGCAGUGUGGCCGGACUAGCAGGAUUUCUGGUCUUCAAGCCUGAGCUGAUCUCCCGGCUGGAGCAGGGGCAGGAGCCGUGGGUCCUCGACCUGCAGGGAGCAGAGAGGAGAGAGGCACCAAGGACCCCCCAGACAGGCUUUGCAAAUAGCACUGAGAGCGAGCGGGCCUGUGAGGACAUGGACGGUCCACAGUCAGAAUCCCAUGCAGCGAAAGUCAGAGUCCCCUCACAGGGUCUCCCUCCGAGUUCUGCCACUGGAGACGCCUCUGGUUCUGGGGCCUGGCCAGAGCAUCAGCCAAGCUCCCUCUUCCAGAGACAGCGCGUGCACUCGGGGACUGUGGCUCCCAGGACGCCCUUCACUGAGGAGGGCACGCAGGGGCCUGGCGUGCUGGGCGGUCUGCCUGGCAGAGGUCGAGGGGGGACAGCAGAGGGGGUGGCCUGGAGGUGUGCGGUGUGUGGCAGGAUGUCCACAUCGGAUGUCGGUCUGCCUCGGGCCGAGCUUCCCAGGUGUCGGGACUGCCAGACAAAGGUCUGUGGCUGCCCGCAGGGCCCACCCCGGAGCGCCUGCGGUGGCGAGAAGCCGUACGCCUGCGCGGAGUGCGGGAAGGUCUUCAGGCUGUGCUCGCAGCUCAGUCAGCAUCAGAGGAUCCACACCGGGGAGAAGCCGUUCAAGUGCGGCGAGUGUGGCAAGGCCUUCCGCCUGAGCUCCAAGCUCAUCCAGCACCAGCGCGUGCACACGGGCGAGAAGCCCUACCGGUGCUCCGAGUGCGGCAAGGCCUUCGGCCAGAGCUCCAGCCUCAUCCACCACCAGCGCGUGCACACGGGGGAGCGGCCCUACGGCUGCCCCGAGUGCGGCAAGGCCUUCAGCCAGCAGUCCCAGCUGGUCAGGCACCAGCGGACGCACACGGGCGAGCGGCCCUACCUGUGCCAGGAGUGCGGCAAGGCCUUCAGCCAGAGCUCGGCGCUAGCGCAGCACCAGCGGGUGCACGCGGGGGAGCCCCCGCCGGGCCCCAGGCCCCUGGGCGGUGCCGGCCUGGCCACGCGGCCGGGCGUGCGUGCCGCUGAGAAGCCGUUCCGGUGCGACGAGUGUGGAAAGGCGUUUCGGUGGGUCUCCCGCCUCAGUCAGCACCGGCUGACACACACCGGCGAGAAGCCGUACAAGUGCAACAAGUGCGCCAAGGCCUUUGGGUGCAGCUCGCGGCUCAUCCGCCAUCAGAGGACUCACACCGGGGAGAAGCCGUUCAAGUGCGACGAGUGCGGCAAGGGCUUCGUGCAGGGCUCACACCUGAUCCAGCACCGGCGCAUCCACACGGGUGAGAAGCCGUACGCGUGCGCCGACUGCGGCAAGGCCUUCAGCCAGAGCUCCAGCCUCAUCUACCACCAGCGCAUCCACCGCGGGGAGCGGCCGUACGGCUGUGCCGAGUGCGGCAAGGCCUUCAGCAUGAGCACUCAGCUCACCAUCCACCAGCGCGUGCACACGGGCGAGCGGCCCUACAACCAUUAUAUUUGUCAGAUCAUCCACGCCGGCGUGAAGCCCUACGGCUGCGGCGACUGCGGCAAAGCCUUCAGCCGGAGCUCCUACCUCAUCGAGCACCAGCGCAUCCACACCCGGGCCCAGUGGUGCCACGAGUACGGGAGCGCCCUGGAGGGCUCCGCCCCUGCCGGCCGGAGGAAGGUCGGCACCGCCAAGAAGCUGCACAGGUGUGACCAGUGCGAGAAGAUAUUCCGGUGGCGCUCACACCUGGUCAUACAUCAGAGGAUCCACACCGGAGAGAAGCCUUACAAGUGUAACGAGUGUGGCAAAGCCUUCAACCGCAGCUCGAGGCUCACGCAGCACCAGAAGACGCACGUGGGCUAGGCCCCGCCCUCCGUGCGGCACGAAGCCACCCUCAGCCUCGACUCUAGUGACACGGACUCAGUGCGAUCUGGACUCGCAGUGGGCAUACUUGCUGAAUGUGCAACCUCGUCCCAUUCAGCCAAGCCUAUGUCACACCUCGCUGCGCACGUGCAGCCCCUGGCUCACGGAGGGAGGUCACCCAGUGUCUUCCUCCAGCCCCAGCUCCUCGGUGGGCAUCAGGGUGAGCACUUGUGAGCGCGCGUUUGCGGAAGUGCAGAGAGGAGGGCCGAGAACCCUUCUUGCUGCUUCACCUGCCCCUCCUCUGUAAACCUCAUCCCCAUCAGAGCCACCCAAGGUCACAGGGCCCCGGCGCCAGCUUCUUCAUAGACGCUGGUCAGUGCAGGUCCGUUUAAGGAGCUCAGAUUUGAUCUAUGACUUUGGGACAUCACGUACCCUCCCUGGAACCCAGAGCCUGCUGCCUGAGUGCUGCUCCAGGGUAGUUUUAAGAACCACACUGCCGGGAGGCUUCCCUGUGUCACCCCUCGCUGAGACCCAGACCCUGGUCACCGCUCACAGUAGUCCACAGACGCCACCCAGGGGCCAGGGCGUGUCUCAUUCACACUGUUUGCCCAGUUUCCUCAAAAGCCUCCUCCCACCCAGGCUGCUAGGCUGGGAGUCUGGCUGAAGGCACAGUUGGUAGGGCCACAUCUGUCCCCUCGCCUCAGGCACCACGGGCGCUGAGAAACAGCGCGCAGAUUGCUGGGAGCAGGUAGGGUGAGGGUGUUACCUCACCCCUCCACUCUUUUUUGCCAACUCAGCCUAGAGAAGUGACCAAAGUAAUGAGUCACAGCUACCUGGCAUUCGUGGCACGCGCAGUAGAGUGUACAGGGACUGCAGCCUGAGGUUUUCUUGGCCGAACUUGAGUCUUCACAUGGGUUAGCCACCCUGGCCAACCUAACCGGCAGACUGGGACCACGUCUACUCACUGUCUCACGAGCCUCUGAUUAUAGGUCACGAAGCCGCAGCGUGAGGCUGACCUGCCUCACUGACCCUGGCCCUGCCCAGGGUCCUUGACUCACCUACUGUGAACAAGCUCCAGGCUGGAGUCCCUCACACAGACCACUGCCCAGUACUACCCCCUCGGGACCAGCCAGUCCUUGGUAUCAUCACAGUAAGCACAGCGGCUAGAGAUACAACCCGAUGAAGACUCCCAUUUUUCCCACAUGCAAACAGGUAGCCCAGAGGGCACAGGUCACUUCAGCAUCUAUUGCAGCACUCGACUAGGGUCACUCACACUGGUUUGACAGGUCUCCGAGACCUUGCAGACUGUCACCAUGCAUGGCACAGCCCAUAGCCAACCAUGGCUUUGUAUCAGGCACAGCGAGUGAUGGUCCCUGCAUCUGCACCAGAGGGUUCCAGGCCUGUCCGGUGGCAUUGGAAGCAGCAGAGUUCAAGACCCCGAGUCCCGUGCGUUUCUGUUCCCAGCACGUGGAUGGGAGUCAGCCCCACAGCAGGUCAGCCUGAGCGCCUACUGCCGCUUAGCUCGCCGCUGCAGCUCUCUGUGGUCGUCCGCAGACUUGGCGCGGGCGCCGUGAAAUCUACAUGCCCACUUCAGUCGCAGUGACUGUGCCCUCCAGCUGUCCUUGUGCCACCCAGAACAUGUCCAGAAGGGCCAGUACAAGAGGACCAGGGACCUCUGUAAGUUGUGCAGAGGUGACACGUACUGUGUUUCCGCCUCAGCUGCUGUGCUCAGCCAGGUGGCCAGCACCUGCGCUCCUGGACCGGGGGAGCCGCACCUGAAUGGGCUGGAAGUUUCUUAGGUCAUCCAACAGUGGGACGAGAGUCAAGGUCCUGAGUGGA